UUGAGCGCACAGUAGCGCCCGCCGCUGACCCAGAAGGACAAUAUUUGUCCUCUUGGCUACUUAUUUACAAAGCAGGUGGCGUCGUGUCAUUGUCAGACGAUAGCGAACAAGUUCGUCCACCUGUCAUCAUGUUUCUGAGCCGCUCAUCCUCACAAGGGUCUCAAGCAAGCCGGGGGCCUAUCCCUUUAACUUUGGGCGAGAGGCAAGGACACCCUGGACCGGUCGCCAUCCCAUGGCAGUAGCAAGAAGUUGUUGUUUUCUUCACAGCGUGACGACAAAAAGAGGCACAAAAGCAUCUUUGCCGCAUCCCAAAUGUUGCUCAGCUUUGAUCGACGUGAUCGCAGAGCAGCAAUAAUUUGCUUAUUGGGCUUGUGUGUGUCUCUUUGUACUUCCUUGACUCGCCUUGUGUGAUUUUGCUGUCUUUAGACUUGUGUGACGGGGACGGAUGCCCAAACUGCUGCCUGGAAAGGUUUCAUUUCAAUUCAUUUCCGACUGUCAGGACGAGCAACUUGUGGGUGGUCCCCCCCCCCCCGUACGACUUCCGUGCCCCGUGUCUAAUAUUUUGGUGGCAAGUGUGCAUCUGUGAAAUGCAGACAACGCGGAAUAUGUCAAUCCCGCUUGAAGUCAUUUCUAAUUUUUGAUCGUCUUUCCUGGCUCGCUUUGACUUCCGCUUAAUUUUCCACAUUUUUUGUUUUGUUUUUACUUUUGUUGGUCACUUCCCUUUCCGGACCGUUUUAAUUGUGAUACGUCAGCUUUCGCUCUUGUCUCUACUUUUUUUGCAGUUGCCAAAUAGUCCUAAUUGAGCAUAUGAAUAACGCAAAGAUGAUAAUGAGCAGAAAAGUGAGCGUGGCCGAUUGAACCCGCUGAGUAAAAAUCAACCUUUGAGCAGAUGAAAUGCUUGACAGAUUUUUGCGUCUUUCGCGGAGUUACAUCGAUGCACAUGGGGGGGGGGGGGGUUAUUUUUUACAAUCUACUUAAAUUUUACAACCGCUUGUCACAAAACGUCCCGCAGAGAUUUAUGUAACUUACGAUCGUCAGGUCGGAAGAUACCCGGAGGCCGUCAAUCAACUUGAAGACGGGUAGCAAACGUUCAUAUCAAUGACACGCUCCAAAAAUUGAGUAUUUUAUGGCUUUUCACUUUCUGGUGUGGAACUUUCAAGCUGUCCCAACGUUGAAGCCUGCAAUUGGACAAAUGUGGAAAGAACUCAAACGGCAUCUUGAGCGAUCCGGAUGCCCAUCAGCAAAUUCAGAAGCUGGUAAAAAAAAAAAAAAAAAAAUAUAUAUAUAUAUGUUUUGCUUUGAAGACAGCUGACGUACGCCAUUGUUGAAAAGUUGAAGCGAGCGCUUGUCAUACGAGAAGCUGUUGAACAUGUUGCCAGCAGGUUCUGUUGGCGCUCGCGACGUCAGCCGGCCGGGAAGUCGCUCGACCCGCACUUGAACCGCAACACAAUGCAAAGCCACUCGCGGGCCACGCCCGACUGCCGCCUCUUCUUUUCUCCGCAGCGGCGGGCCGACGGGCGAGGCCUCCGUCGUCGUGUUGUUGGCUUUCCUGACCCGGCGGGCGGAGCGCGUCGCUCUCCCAUUGGUCCGUUCGCCAUCUGGACUCCCAGCACGUGAUGGCCACGCACGGACACGCGUUCGUGAACGUUUGGGUCGCAGUGCGGCUCCUGUUAGCUCAAUGCUGCCGUGAACGCGUGCACAAACUCUUUGAGGAGCAACCAUUGUGGUUCCACCUGGCAGAUUCUCCUGCGAGUCGCUUCAUUGUCGUACAUAAUUUUUGAUGGAAUUCUCAUAACAUGAAAAAUCAUCAUAUUUUCGCUAUUUGCAGUGCGGCUCAGUUCAAAUGGUGGUGGUGUUGGGGGGGGGGGGGGGGGGGGGUCCACAGUUUUUGGGGGUCCACCUGAUCACCUGUACAAUGAGCGCAGGAUUUCGGCCUUCGCAGCCAUGCUGAUGUAUGAUUACCCUCUGAAGACAGACAUGGAGACGUCCUUCUACUCAUCGCUGGUGAAAAGGCCGGAGUCGUACGGAGUCAUCUUCUCCCACCCGGCCCACCUCUACCGCCGCGGCCACGCGCAGGCCCUCGCCCAGUCGCCCGCGAGCGGCGGCGACCCGUCGCCCGGCCAGCUGGAGCCGGUGGACCUCUCCCUGACCAAGCGCUCCUCGUCCUCGUCCCCCUCCUCUUCCUCGUCCGCCUCCUCCCCGGCGCCGUCGCCUCACGGGGCCUCCCCUCGCCGCUCCCCCCAGCCGCCCGCCCCCUCCCUGCCGUACCCCGCCGUGGUGGCUCCUCUGAUGAACGCGGGGUCGGGGGUCAUCCAGAGCUCGGGGGUCAUGGUGUCUCCGCUCAUGGUGCCUCUGUCGGUCCUGUACCCCUCCCCUCUCCACCUGCGCCAGCCCAUAAUGGUGAGCCCACCUGUUGCCGCGGGCGAUGACCAUUAUCACCACCGCCACCGUCAUCAUCAUCAUCGAAGCAGUGAGCACAAGACAGCUCCGUCGGCAAAAUCACCGGACGCGACGGGACGAGGCGACGCCCUCGACGCGCACGAGCGGAUCAAAAGCGAGCCUCGCCCCGAGCUGGUCCACCGGCGCCACGCCGGCCACGACGUGAAGUCGGCGGUCAUCAGGAUACCGCACGAAUACGAGGCCAACAACCCGUCGGUGAUCGUCCACUCGGCCGCUCUGCAUCCCCUCGCCGCGGACUCUCCGGACUCGCUGAAGAAGAGGAGAAUCCACCGCUGCGAUUUCUCCGGCUGCAACAAAGUCUACACGAAGAGUUCGCACCUCAAAGCGCACCGCCGGACGCACACCGGUGAGAAGCCCUACAAGUGCAUGUGGGAGGGCUGCACGUGGAAGUUCGCCCGCUCCGACGAGCUGACUCGACACUUCCGCAAGCACACGGGCGUCAAACCUUUCCAGUGUCCCGACUGCGAGCGCAGCUUCUCCCGCUCCGACCACUUGGCCUUGCACAAGAAGCGCCACCUGCUGGUGUGACGGUUGGAGGUCCCGCACGUGCUGCGCCUCAGCUGGUUUGAGAGCGCCGCCCCCUUGUGGCCUCGCGAAAGAACCGCAUAUGGACGGGAAAAGUCUCGGAGCGUCGACGGCAUGCCGCCAAAUACUGCAUCCGGCUUUAGUUCCGUGGACGCGCUCGCACCAGCGCACUAGUAGGAGGACUACAGUGCGCAAUUAGCACGACUGCGUCUUACCAUGUUUUGUCACAACUAUUUCCAUUCUGUUUUUUGGCCUAAUAGUAGGAAAUUGCAACUCAGGAGUCAACUACUUUGCUGCACGAGUUACACGAAUAAGCCCAACUAGUAAGGCAUGUGGCCCGCACUCGUAGCCUCCUCGUCAAGGAUUCUAAUCAGUGUUCAAUCGGCUUCACGGAAAGACAAUGGAGGCCAUUAAAAAAAAAAAAAAAAGGGAUUUUCUUUGCCACACUUUUUUUUUUUUUUUUUUUUUUUUAAUUGCGUGUUUCAUCGUUACUCCACGAAGCUCCGUGUGCUAGUUGACUGUCUGUCCACCCACCCUAGUAAAGACAACUAGCGGGACAACUUCAUGAUACUAGUGAAGAAAAAAAGAAAAAAACUACACUAGCUGACAUCCGCAUGCAGCUCGCACUACUAUUGAAGUGCUUGAUAGUGAUCAGAAUCAAAUUUCAAGGCCCAGAAUGUAACAACACACAAGAAAGAAACUUCUAGAAUAUUAUAAUGCCAAUCGUAGUACUAGUAACAAGCAGUUGUCAACUAGUACUACUAGCUAACUGGUCAUAAAGGCCAUCUAAUGGAAAUCAUUUCUUUGUUAUCCUACUAGUGCACUUCAUAGUCCGAGUCGUGAUGACAGUGAGCGUACUAGUGCAAGGACCAUCUUUAGCCGCAUACCAAAGAUUUGUAAUAAACGCUUACUUACAUCGCUUGCUCACACAAAUGCGCCACGAAUAAACUUUUGAUGUCAAAGUAAAACACUUUUUUUUUUCAUUUGUGACUGGCGAGGGCCAAUGAAAUGUGAGGUUUUUUUUUUCCACAUCACCCCCCCCAUCGCAGCAUACUCGUGCAACAGCUCUGCUAAUGCUAACUCAUCGUCAAAUUGAAAGGGCCGCGCAUCUCGUCUGCUUCUCAAAGCCGGAACGCCGCAUUCUCUCUCUCUUUUUUUUUUGCAGGAAAAAUGCCCUUCAGUCAAUUGCCAAGUAUUUUGGAGCGUUUUAUUCACAAAUGUGAAAUUUUCCUCACGUGGUUGUUUCAGUGAGGCCUUGCCUAUAACCGUCGAGAUGGCGGCAAAACGUCUUCAUCUCUGAUACGAUCUGUCCUGGGGAGGCGCACGCGUUGUGUUGCAAAGUCAACGUUUUAAGCUUAAAAAUGUCGACGUUGGAGGCAAGCAAAAUGAACGGGAAGCGUUUGCUUUCAGUUUUUCAAUGCAUCAACAGGAUUUCCCUUAUUCAGCCGUUCCUUCUUUGCAGCCUCCGCAGAACAAAAACAAAACAAACAAAAAAAAAAAAAAAGAGAGAGAGAGAGAGAGAGAUUUUGUGUCCAUGCUGUGUGCACUUUAUCAAAACAAAA